AUGAACGGCGCGCAAGCGGAGAAAAGUUCUGCGAAAGCGGUGAUUACAGCGGGGCGUUCUAGUGAAGAAGAUUCAAACCCUGCCUCGAGACCUAUUUCCUCGAAAUUCUUCUGUGGGGCGACUCCUUCGCCGCAGUCCAGGGGCAAAAAUUCCAGUUACGAGAAAUUAUCCCCCAAGGCGGGCCCAUCUCGUUUGGUGUAUGACGACGAAGACAAGGAGAACGAGCCGAUACUUGACAAUGACGAUAUUUUAAUGGACGACCCAGAUCCUGUGCAGCGGAAAGACAAAUACAUAUGUCCGUCGCCGUCGUUGACACGGUUGGAUACCCCAGUACUCUCCUCUCCACUACGGCCUACAAGUGCAUCGCAGCCGUAUAGAGACAACGAGGGCGGCGACUUUGGCGCAGACGUACUCUCUAGCCCGCCCGUUGUCAGAUCCAGAACGGGAUGGUUCUCAUGUGAUACUGGAGAUGGAAAGGAGGGUACAGAUGCUAUCGGAGCAGAGUUAGUCCGCAAUGCACCAUCGCUGCAUGAGGACAGCCAGGAGGCACUAGGGCAGCCUGUGGACUCCGAGCCCGAUCUCCGAGACACCUUUGGAGAGUGGGAUUGGGACGACGCGACAACAUCGUCAUCACUGUUUUCAGUACGCAGCGGCAGUGCUUCGUUGCCAGUCGCCCCAGAUGACUAG